AUGACUUUUCAUUUCUUACCAACGAACAGGCAUAUUAAAGCGUGCUGCAAUCAACUGGAGUCGAAAUUAUGUCUUUUCAUGAUGAUCGAGUUAAUGACGACAAAUUAUGUAGCUGGUAUCGUUGUUGGAGAUCUUUGUAUUGGUUUUCAGUGUUUCAAUUUUAUGUUAUGCUUAGAUUUGCUGCAGCAUAAAUACUUGUUCAACAAGAUUUAA